AUGAUUGGCAACGGGCUUGCUCUUCUGUCAAUUUAUCGUAGGCCUUCUUUGCGUUCAAAAGAGUUCUUCUUCAUCGGUUCGUUAGUUGCAGCUGACUUUUCCGUUUCUUUAAUAACAACGCCUGUCUACGUUUCCAGUGCCUUGUCUUGGCCGUUUCUUCUCAAAAACGAACAUUUUGAGAUGUUUUUAGAUUUCCUUAUUUUUCAAACACUAAGUGCUUCAACUUUCAGUCUCUGUGCAGUAACCUACGACAGAUAUCUAGCCAUUACARCUUCCUUGUCAUACGCAUCAUCUAUGAGUUCCAAGAAGCUGUACUUUGCAAUGGCGGCCAUUUGGUCUACUUCAAUCGCUAUAGGAUGUUGUAGUUUCAUUGUCACAGGAUAUGUGUUUCGUCCUUUGAUCUAUUUAGUAUCAGUUUUUAUAUCGUUUGUCAUACCACUUAUCUUAAUAGCCUAUUACUACACCAAAAUGUUUAAUGCUGCUAGGCAUCAAGCAAUGAAAAUUUCAGACCAACGAAGAGCAGUUUCACUGAAUGUCUUUGCGGCAGAAUGUGAUCCAACCGCGAAACCAAGUCAAGAUGCAAUGAACCGUCAGAGCAAAGGUUCUAAAGUCCAUACGACAGAUUGUGAUCAAUCCGGGGAACAAAGUCAAGAUGAUGCGACAGAAUGUGAUCCAACCGCGAAACCAAGUCAAGAUGCAAUGAACCGUCAGAGCAAAGGUUCUAAAGUCUAUACGACAGAUUGUGAUCAAUCCGGGGAACAAAGUCAAGAUGCAAACCGCGAGAGCAAAGCUGUCAAAACUCUUGCUAUAGCUAAUUGCAAGUUUUGUUGGCAUCAGGAAAGGAUAAUUUCAGACCAAAAAUAUACUGCAUCACCAAGCGUGCAAGCGACAAAACAAUUCAGAAGAGCAAACGUCAAACGUCAAAACAAAGCUGCAAAGACUAUAGCCAUAGUGAUUGGCACAUUUGUCGUAUGUUGGCUUCCCAACUUGAUCAUAAGCGUAGCUCACUUCGUGGUAUCAAGGCACAAUGAAUGCAAAGCUGAAAAGCUCGAACAGAUAUGGCUCACAACAAUUCCAUUUGCCUUAGUCAACUCUGCCUUGAAUCCUGUUAUAUAUGUGGCGAGACUCGAAGAAUUCCGUAAAGCUUUCAAGGAAAUUAUCAAUAUUUACUCUUGA